AGGGAAUGUGAUUGGAAAUGAUUGUGAUAGGUUGCUACAUACAAGUUGCUCUUGCAUUCAUUUGUGGCUCAGAGGAAGGGGAGUGGUGGUGUUCAGCUUUCAAAAAGGGUUUAAUGAAUGCUGUCACUGUUCUUGAAAGCAGCUGGUCGGGUUAUAGAGAUGAAGGCGACUUGAAGUGCAAUUGAUUGUCGUAGUACAGGUUGAUUAAGAGUUACAUUUGAUUGAAGACAGAGGUUUGUCCCUGCCUCCUCUUCACAUUAUCCUCAUCAUCAUUGUCAUUAGUUGAUAUUCUGGUGGAGCUUUAAGAAGACUUUAUUUCCAUGUGAAAGCAAUCUUGUUUCAGUCAGCCAGAAGCAGGAAUCUGGAAAGCAUAUCUGUUUAGAGAGAACUGUGGUAUAUACUGCUGCUGUCUUACGGUACAGCAGAGCUGCUCUGUUGCCUUGACAAUUGUUUAGGUGAACAGAGAAUGUCUGUUUCUCGCAAAGAAUUUGAUGUGAAGCAAAUUUUACGCAUUCGCUGGCGGUGGUUUGGUCACCCUGCAUCCCAACCUACUACAUCCAGUGACAGUCGUCGGGGAGAUUUUUGGAACAAAGAGCAAGGCCCAUCAAAUAUUGGAAGGAAAUUCUUAGACCCUGGGCGCUUGCCUUUACCAUUGGCUUCCAUUAACCACCAGAGACCUAGCCAACAGGAAAUUCAAAAUUCGCCACCUUGGCAUACUCCCAGUGCUCCAGAUCUUCCUGUCUUUGAGUUUACUACUGACAGUUGUGAGGGCAUACAUUGGCACAAGAAACAUGAAGCUGAGGAUGAAGGGAGUGAAGAAGAGAAUGAAACAGACAGCAGUUCCUGCAGCAGGACUUCAAACAGCAGCCAGACCUUGUCCUCGUGCCAUACAAUGGAUCCUUCUGCUCCUGAAGAGUGUUUUCAGGCACUAAACCAUGCAGAACAGACUUUUAAGAAGAUGGAGAACUACCUUCGACACAAGCAAUUAUGUGAUGUAGUAUUACUAGCCGGAGACCGGAGGAUUCCAGCUCACAGGUUGGUUCUAUCCUCUGUUUCAGACUACUUUGCUGCAAUGUUCACAAAUGACGUAAGGGAGGCUAAACAAGAAGAGAUAAAGAUAGAAGGCGUCGACUCAAAUGCAUUGUGGGCAUUAGUUCAAUAUGCAUAUACAGGUCGUCUGGAAUUGAAAGAAGACAAUAUUGAGUGCCUAUUGUCCACAGCCUGCCUAUUGCAACUCUCUCAAGUUGUAGAGGCAUGUUGUGGAUUCCUGAUGAAACAACUGCAUCCAUCCAACUGUCUUGGAAUUCGAUCGUUUGCAGAUGCUCAGGGUUGCACUGACCUGCAUAAAGUUGCACACAACUACACUAUGGAGCACUUCAUGGAUGUGAUAAGGAAUCAGGAGUUUCUACUGCUGCCAGCAAAUGAGAUAGUUAAACUGUUGGCUAGUGAUGACAUGAAUAUACCAAAUGAAGAAACCAUAUUGAAUGCACUGCUUAGCUGGGUUCGGCAUGAUGCAGAUAACAGACAAAAAGACCUUAGCAAAUUGCUGGCUUACAUCAGACUUCCUCUGCUGUGCCCUCAGUUUCUUGCAGAUAUGGAGAACAAUAUGCUAUUUAGAGAUGAUAUUGAAUGCCAAAAACUUAUCAUGGAAGCAAUGAAAUAUCACCUGCUACCAGAGCGACGAAACAUGCUGCAGAGUCCUCGGACUAAACCUAGGAAGUCUACAGUAGGUGUGCUGUUUGCAGUAGGAGGAAUGGAUGCAACAAAAGGUGCCACAAGCAUUGAAAAAUAUGAUCUACGUUCCAAUACAUGGACACAUGUAGCAAAUAUGAAUGGAAGACGACUACAGUUUGGUGUGGCAGUGCUAGAUGACAAACUUUAUGUUGUGGGUGGUAGAGAUGGAUUGAAGACAUUAAAUACAGUAGAGUGCUACAAUCCAAGGAAUAAAACCUGGAGCGUAAUGCCUCCUAUGUCUACACAUAGACAUGGCCUUGGUGUGGAGGUACUGGAGGGUCCUAUGUAUGCUGUAGGUGGACAUGAUGGUUGGAGCUAUCUAAAUACGGUUGAACGAUGGGACCCCCAGGCUCGACAGUGGAACUUUGUUGCCAGUAUGUCAGUGCCACGAAGUACAGUUGGUGUAGCAGUACUUAAUGGAAAACUGUAUGCUGUUGGAGGUCGUGAUGGAAGUUCAUGCCUUAAGUCUGUUGAAUGCUUUGAUCCCCACACCAACAAAUGGACCCUCUGUGCGUUGAUGUCUAAAAGACGGGGAGGUGUGGGGGUUGCCACCUGGAAUGGUUUCUUGUAUGCCAUUGGAGGGCAUGAUGCACCAGCGUCUAACCUCACGUCAAGACUAUCUGACUGUGUGGAAAGAUAUGAUCCAAAAACCGAUACUUGGACAGCAGUAGCACCAAUGAGUAUCAGCAAAGAUGCAGUAGGUGUUUGUUUACUUGGUGAUAGGCUGUAUGCAGUUGGAGGAUAUGAUGGACAGUCAUAUCUGAACUCUGUGGAGGCCUAUGAUCCACAAACUAACGAGUGGAUGCAGGUUGCACCACUGUGCCUUGGAAGAGCUGGAGCUUGUGUGGUCACUGUUAAACUUUGAUUUUUUUUUAAGUGCAAAUUUUGUAUUAUAACCAUUCCACAUGUUCAUAGAGAAAUAAAUAUGUGACAAUACACCAAUUUAACUGCAAAAUUAAGGAAAACUAAAAGAUUUAUCAAAUGCUAAGGAGCCCAAAAAUUACUGGGACCCCAAAUAUCUAAAUCUUUAAACAUUUCUUCUGAUCCUUGAAGUAUAAUAUCCCAAAAAUGAAUUGGUGCACACAAUUUAAAACACUGAUGGCAGAAUUUUACUAGCUGCCCAUCGACUGGAAAACAGAUGCAGACCUGUAAAUUAGGAUGUCAUUGGUGUCAUGACAACUGCCUGCCUGCCCAACCAUGCUUCCAUGAUUUUGAAGAAGGGGGUCAGGUAAGCUACUCAUCCAUGACCUGAGAUAAUCAAGUGGGCAAUUAAUGCUCAAUUAAGGGCCUCAAGCCACUAUUGUGAUUUAAUGGGUGGCAGGAGAUGCCUGAGCCAAGUAUGUAACAUGACAGAUUAUACUCUGUGGGCAUCUUGUCAGUGAAGUGGGGAGUUGGUUGUGGGGUGCCACUUCCCUGGAUUUUCUGUGCCACCUGAAGUUCCUCUUCUUUGCACCCAACAGUUUUGCCUCCCCACAUAAAUCCUACCUUGCCCUGUCCAUUAUCAUCUCUCUUCCCACCCCAACCCUCUCCUUUAUUGGAGAUCUGGCACCAACAUGAUCUCAGACUCACCUAGAUUUGGGGCCAUCCAUUCUUCAUUUUCCUCAGUUUGUCUUCCUCCUGAGUUUCCUGCAAUUCUUCGCUGCCACUGAUCUUGGUGUGGAGCAAAUGUCUAAAUUCUGAUGAUUUGUUCCUGGAGAAUAAUUUUUAAAAAAACUGUUGCCCAAAAAAAUUAAAGUAGGGUGAGCUGAUCAAAUGUAGGGAGGAUUCACUAGUGAGAUUUACACUGGAGUGCAGGCGUGGUACUGGUUUACCAUAUAAUCCAAUUCAAAACUGAGGUUUACAAGCUAUAUUUGAAGUGAAAGAAUUGUAUAUUGUGAUGGUUCUUGUAUUGCCUUCCUAAAAUAGGACCAAAAGAUUGUGGACUGAAAUUUUAUUUUAAAAUACCUGCCAUCUCUUCCUUAGAUAAAAGCCAAAAGAA